UCUAUAUUAUCUGUGGAAAAAAAAUAAGUACGUUCGCUUUUGUAGUCUCUUUUUUAGCAUUAUCAUGGCUAAAAUACUUUUCUAAUCCGGAAAACGUGCCUAUAUAAUUACCAUAACGCGUGCAGUGAAAAGACUAUUUGAUAUUUUAUACUAUUAUAUGGUUACUAGCUCUUAUUUGAGAAAUUACGCUAGACCGCAUAUUUAAAAUGGCAGCCCUACCACGUAGAAUAAUCAAAGAGACACAGCGACUGAUGCAGGAACCAGUGCCGGGUAUCAGCGCGGUCCCCAGCGAAACCAAUGCACGCUAUUUUCACGUAAUUGUUACCGGUCCAGAGGACUCGCCGUUCGAAGGAGGUCUAUUUAAAUUAGAAUUAUUUUUGCCAGAGGAUUAUCCUAUGUCAGCGCCUAAGGUUAGAUUUAUAACGAAAAUAUACCAUCCGAACAUAGAUCGGCUGGGACGCAUAUGUUUGGACAUACUAAAGGACAAGUGGAGCCCGGCGCUACAGAUACGCACUGUGCUGUUGUCGAUUCAAGCGUUACUCUCAGCCCCUAACCCAGACGAUCCCCUGGCGAACGACGUAGCCGAGCUGUGGAAGGUGAACGAGAUCGAGGCGAUUCGAAAUGCAAAGGAGUGGACGCGGAGAUACGCUAUGGACAACUGAGCACCCGUGCGGCCAUGCACACACCCAUCAGUGCCUCUCCCACGCGCGCGUCCCGAGGUGCGACACGAAACAAAUGGAUAUAUUAUCAUGGUUUUAAGAGUGCAAGUUAUGUUACACAAUCUAGAACGAAUAACGUGUGAAGAGACAAUUGUGGAUAAAUUUAUAUUGACGGUGGGCCCCGGCGGGUCCCAGCGCCGCGGCCGCCACUACCCGCUCAGGUUAAUCCUUGCAUUUCUACGUAGCCUUGUCCACCGUCCAGAGUGGACGGUCGGACGGUCCCACAAUAGUUGUUUAUCCAUUCACGUGUAGCUUCGUUAUAUAAUAUUAGGUAUGCAUAUUUUUUUACUAUCAUUAAACUAGCAAAUAUAAUAAAUAUCUGGAGACGAAUGUAUAUAUUUCAUGGUUACAAAUUUGGUUAAUUUUAUACAAAGAAUAGUGUGUACUGUCACAAAGUUGGUUGUUUGUAUGGUUUCAAGUGACACCUUGAAGUGAAAGACACAGCAACGCUUGUCAAUCAGGUACCGAUCUCUCAAGAUACUGAUGUUAUUAUUUUUAUUUUAAUAGAUUUCCAAUGCAUUUAGGAAUAUUAUUUUUCAUUGAUAAAAGCUACAUCAACAUGAUUUCAAUAAGAAUCUUUUGUCUACUAUUUACUUCUUGUAUAAAAGUUAUCCUUAAAUUGUAUUUAUGUAAAUUUAAUUUGGCUUUGUG